AUGUUGCUGCUAUCUGGCAAUAAUGUCGGCCUGCCAGGGGCUUUAAAAUCUUCCAAAUUACAUCAGAGAUUUCUUUUCUUGCGAGAGAUUUUGCUGUCCAAAAAAAGACUGGAACUCAAAAUUGAUGCCAUCCGAGCAGGCCAGGGUCCCGCUAGUAGUUAUGUUGCAGUGCCUGAUAUAAUAGCGACCUUGUGUUCAAGUCGGACCCGAUCUGCGCCAUCGUCAACCACUCCCAUUCUUCCACGCUAUUUUAGCGAACUGCGCUCGAGAGGUGAGGCCGAGCGAGCGAGCGAGCGGGGGAGAGAGAUGCAUUGGGUUAAAGCCGAAUCCUCGGAUUUCAGCGGAAAUCUCCCCCUCCCUCGCAGUGGCCACACAGCCGUGAAUGUUGGUAAAUCGAAAGUGAUUUUUUUCGGAGGCUUCGCGGACCGACGAUUCCUCGACGAUAUCUCCGUCUACGACAUCGAAAAUAAAUUAUGGUUCACUCCUGAUUGUACUGGCAGUGGGUCUGAUGGGCAAGCUGGUCCAAGUCCUAGAGCAUUCCAUGUCGCUGUUGCAAUUGACUGCAACAUGUUUAUCUUUGGGGGGCGUUCUGGUAGUAAGAGGUUGGGUGACUUUUGGAUGCUCGAUACAGAUAUAUGGCAGUGGUCUGAACUAACCAGCUAUGGUGAUUUGCCAUCACCACGGGAGUUUGCGGCUGCUUCAGCUAUCGGAAACCGUAAAAUUGUCAUGCAUGGUGGUUGGGAUGGUAAAAAAUGGCUCUCAGAUGUGUACAUCUUAGAUACAAUAUCACUUGAGUGGAUGGAAUUGUCAGUUUCUGGGUCAGCUCCACCACCUAGGUGUGGACAUUCUGCCACCAUGGUUGAGAAGCGCUUGCUCAUUUUUGGUGGAAGAGGUGGUGGUGGACCUAUAAUGGGUGAUCUGUGGGCUUUGAAGGGUCUUAUUGAAGAAGAGAACGAGACACCAGGGUGGACUCAGUUAAAGCUUCCUGGACAAGCCCCAUCUCCUCGCUGUGGCCAUACAGUAACUUCUGGAGGACACUAUCUGUUGUUAUUUGGUGGGCAUGGAACUGGAGGUUGGCUCAGUCGGUAUGAUAUCUAUCACAAUGACUGCAUUAUUUUGGACCGGGUCUCUGUGCAGUGGAAGCUCUUGACUACAAGUAAUGAACUUCCUCCGCCUCGAGCAUAUCAUUCCAUGGCUUGCAUUGGUGCUCGCUAUCUUUUAUUUGGGGGCUUUGAUGGAAAGUCUACAUUUGGUGAUUUAUGGUGGCUAGUUCCAGAAGAUGAUUCUAUUGCAAAAAGAUUACUCUCAGCUCCUCCAGAUAUUCUUCCAGAAAGCAAAUCUGUCACAACAUUAAGUGGUUCACCACAGUCUUUACCAAAGGAAAGCCAAACUGAACAAUCUCCAAUUUUAGAGUUACAAAAAAGAUUAGGAAUUUCAAUUUCUUCUUCUAAAGCUCAAGUAAAUCUUGUUGAUGAAAUGGAGGACAAAGAACUUCAUGAGUUAUCAUCAAGGUUGGCUGGAGAAACACUACCUACUAGAGACCAGGUUGCAUGCAUUCAGGCACUUCGUGACCACUGGAGAAAAUCUUCAGAACGUUCAAUACAACUACAGGAGCUAGGACCAUUGCUGCGAGACUAUCAACGUCUCAUAAUUCAUAAACACUUAAGAAUUGUCUCUGAUUCACAAUUUACCACAUCCAAUCUCCCCAGAGAAGACUACCGCUUUUUCCAUUUGAAAAGUGCAUCUCAGUUGCGCAUGGAUGACAUUCCCAAGCUGCUGAAUGAGUACAAACAACUAAUCUCAAAUUGAAGUAUAGACCAUCACUAUGGAGUUGUGAAAGUAACUAGAAAUAUUUCCUUUUUGAUUAGCAGCUUUUGUAUUAUAAUUGUAACCUAUUUGUUUUGCUUUGUGAAACAAUCUAUUUUUUUUUUUUAUGUAAGAGUUAUGAUGCUCUUAUUUUUAUAAAAGAAAAAAAUCCUCUUCCUGUA